CGGGGGAAGCAUACAAAAAGCGCUGACUUCCUGUAUUUUCUUAUAACGAAUGAAUACGUUACGCAGAACAUAAGCGAGUGGGUUAUAAUAUCUGAAAACGAUAUCGCUGUGGAUGCCACUGCUGUAAAUGCGGAUUGUUUACAGCAGCCCUAGCAUCCUUUCCUCCCUCCCCUUUUCCUUUUUCCCGGAGCGCCGGAGCGCUGGUGGCGAGGCAGCGGCUACAGCAGCUCCCGCUGACCGAAGAUAGCGCCUGCAGAGCCGGCCACGGCCGUCACAUCACCCCGGGCCCCUGGAGGGUGCCAUCCAGAGCAAAGCAGGAAGCAAGCUCAUUGUGCAGCAUCAUUCUUCCGUGAAGAAAAGCGCACAGCCACUUCUGGAUUUUAUUCAUCUUCACCUCCAGGUCUUUUCAGGAGUUUGGAUGUGCAGUUUCACAUGAUAUGGCUGUUCUUAAACUAGUCGACCAGCCACCCCUCAUCCAAGCCAUCUUUAAUGGAGACCCCGAUGAGAUUCGUGUGCUCAUAUGUAAAUCAGAAGAUGUCAAUGCACUGGACGCUGAGAAGCGAGCUCCCCUUCAUGCAGCAGCCUUCCUCGGAGAUGCUGAGAUCACAGAGCUCCUCAUUGUGUCAGGGGCACGGGUCAAUGCCAAAGAUAACAUGUGGUUGACUCCACUACACAGGGCAGUGGCAUCACGUAGCGAGGAGGCAGUUCGCGUGUUGAUCCGUCAUUCUGCCGAUGUUAACGCACGGGAUAAGAACUGGCAGACUCCGUUGCAUGUCGCUGCCGCCAACAAGGCUCUGCGCUGUGCUGAGGUCAUCAUCCCGCUCCUGAGUAGCGUCAACGUUUCAGAUCGUGGGGGACGCACCGCCCUGCACCAUGCUGCCCUUAAUGGGCACACAGAGAUGGUUAGCCUUCUCCUGGCCAAGGGUGCCAAUAUCAAUGCCUUUGACAAGAAAGACUGCCGUGCACUGCACUGGGCAGCAUAUAUGGGUCACUUAGAUGUAGUGUGUUUACUGGUGAGUCAAGGGGCCGAGAUCAGCUGCAAGGACAAGAGAGGAUACACACCUCUACACGCUGCUGCUUCCAAUGGUCAGAUCGCUGUGGUGAAACGCCUGCUCAGCCUGGCUGUAGAGAUAGAUGAAGCCAAUGCCUUUGGGAACACAGCGCUGCAUGUGGCCUGCUUUAAUGGACAAGAUGCAGUAGUCAGUGAGCUGAUCGACUACGGUGCUAACGUCAGUCAGCCGAAUAACAAGGGCUUCACACCUCUACACUUUGCUGCUGCGUCCACUCACGGUGCCCUGUGUCUGGAGUUCCUGGUCAACAGCGGAGCUGACGUCAACGUCCAAAGUCGUGAUGGGAAAAGCCCUCUUCAUCUGACGGCAGUUCAUGGACGAUUCACACGCUCCCAGACGCUCAUCCAAAACGGUGGCGAGAUUGACUGUGUCGAUAAGGAUGGAAACACUCCGCUGCAUGUCGCUGCUCGAUAUGGCCAUGAACUUUUAAUAAACACUCUAAUCACAAGUGGGGCUGACUGCACCAGAAGAGGAGUACAUGGCAUGUUUCCUUUGCAUUUGGCCGCUCUGAAUGCUCACGCCGCCUGCUGCCGGAAGCUUCUCUCCUCAGGCUUCCAAAUCGAUACGCCAGACAACCUGGGGAGGACGUGUUUGCAUGCCGCAGCUGCAGGCGGGAAUGUGGAAUGUGUGAAGCUAUUGCUCAGCAGUGGAGCCGAUCAUAACCGCAGGGACAAACAUGGAAGGACCCCUCUCCACUAUGCGUCAGCUAGUCGACACUUUCAGUGCCUGGAGACUUUGGUGUCCUGCGGUACCUGCAUUAAUGCUACUGACCAGUGGGGGCGCUCUGCUGUGCACUACGCUGCUGCUUCUGACCUGGACAGGAGGCGGCGUGUGGUCCUGGAACCAGAGAGUGAAGGAGUUCAAGCUGAGAGGGAGAAGGAGGCAGCCCUGUGUCUUGAGUUCCUGUUGCAGAAUGGUGCUGCCCCAUCACUCAAAGAUAAACAAAGCUACAGUGCUGUUCAUUAUGCUGCAGCGUACGGCCACAGACACUGUCUGAAACUGCUUUUGGACAGAGAUGAGAACCAACAUGAUGAGAUGGAGAACAGCCAAACCAGAAGCCCAUUGCAUCUGGCCGUGAGUCCAAGUUUACACCUGACCCCUCUAAUGCUGGCAGUAAUGGGGGGUCAUGUGGAUGCUGUGUCUCUUCUAUUGGAGCGUGAGGCCAGUGUGGACUUGGCUAAUAAACAGGGUCUGACUGCUCUGCACCUGGGGCUCUUGUGUGGACAGGAGGAAUGUGUUCAGUCGCUGGUGGAGCUUGAGGCAUCUGUGCUGCUGGGGGACACCAGGGGUCGGACAGCCAUCCACCUGGCUGCAUCGAGGGGUCACGCGUCCUGGUUGAGUGAAUUGCUCAAUAUUGCGUGUUCUGAACCCCCGAUACCUCCAUUACAAGACAACCAGGGAUACACACCCUUACACUGGGCCUGUUACUAUGGUCAUGAGGGCUGUGUAGAGGUCCUACUCGAACAAAGAGAUUUUCGUCACUUUGAUGGGAACCCCUUCACCCCGCUACAUUGUGCUGUGGUCAAUGACCAGGAGACCUGUGCCAACCUUUUAUUAGAAGCCAUGGGAUCAAAGAUUGUAACUUGCAAAGACUCCAAGGGCAGGACACCUCUCCACGCAGCUGCAUUUGCUGGCCACAUAGACUGUGUUCAGCUGCUCCUGGCCCAUAGUGCAUCUGUGGAUGAGGUUGACCAAUCAGGGCGCAGUACCCUGAUAAUGGCAGCGGAGAAAGGAAGAGUCGAAGUUUUAGAAGCUCUACUUACUAGUGCCAAUGUGAACCUCAAUCUGACUGACCAGAAGGGCAAUACAGCUCUCCAUCUAGCCUGCAGUAACGGAAUGGAGGAAUGUGCAUUGCUCAUUCUUGGAAAACUUCCAGACUCUGCCCUCGUCGCUACAAACGCUGCACUGCAAACACCUCUGCAUUUGGCUGCUCGCAGCGGGAUGAAGCAGACAGUGCAAGAGCUGCUCUCUCGUGGGGCCAGUGUUCAAGUACUAGAUGAGAAUGGUCUCACCCCUGCUCUGGCUUGCGCUCCCAGCAGGGAAGUGGCUGACUGCCUGGCUCUUAUUCUGGCUACCAUGAUGCCUUUCUGCUCCCCUUGCAGCUCUGGAGCUCCUUCGCCAGGCGCCCUGCUGAAAUCUCUGCCCCGCCAGGCCAAGAGCACCCAAGGCCCCCGCAGUCCAAGGGACCCCUCUGGCCCCUCCAGUGAGGGCACGACCACCGAAAACGACUCGGACUCAGAGACAUUUUGACCCCGACUCCUUCUAGAUGCACCGGUCAUAGUUUUCAAAGCACAUAUUGUCAUGAACCUUACAGUUGUACAGAUUUUUGAUUAUGGAGCACAGCCUCUAUAACAAGAGAAUAUGACAUAUAGCACACAUGGUACGCUUUUGUUCUGCCACACUUGUUUGCACAGGAGAUUUUUUCGAAAGCCGUUUUAAUCAGUUUAACACAGGUUGAUUGAUGAUGGAUUGCCAAAUGUUGGCUGACUUGUCACACUUGAAGGAUGAUGAUGUAAAGUGCAAAGUGGUGUGUCUUAAUCUGUGGACUUUUGAAAGCACAAACUCAUUUCACCCUUGUUGGGACCAAUCAGGAAACAAGAAAUCAAAUUUUUGGAAUAACAGGGGAAUUGGCGUCACUGUUACCAACCUUACUUAAUAUUUAUUUGUAAUUAAAGGCUGGAAUACACCACACAACUUUUCCCAGAUUUUUGCCCCGAUUCACAGUCUUGACGAGUUGAUGCAGUUGCGGUCAGAGCCGUAUUACAGAUUGACAGAUCGAAAUGACUUGGUGUGUGAUUAUCAGCCAUUUAAAAAUCUUUUCAGAUUUGAAAAGUUGUGUAGUGUAUUUCAGUCUUAAGACUAGUUAGACUGAAAGUCUAAAGUCAUGAAAUCCAGUGUAAUGUGAUGAAAAAUCCAAUGCAAGUUCUCCAUUUCUGAAUCGUACACCAGUUGUACUUUACACAUUAUAUUUGACAUGUUGUGAAAAGAAGACUCUUUAGAUUUAUAUUGCAAAAAGAGCAUUUUUAAUCCACUUAGAUAACAACAUUUCUAGGCCUUGAUGGUCUAAACUUACGUCUGACGCUUUUGGAGAGUGACACUUUUGCCACUCGGUUCCUUCUCCGACAUAAAGACAGUGUUCAGAUAAUACUUCUAUUCAGGUUGAAUUUUAGAUUCUAGUGAGAGGGCAUAGCAUGUUAUGUGAACCAUGAUGUUCUCAAGCCUGUACCGAUAUUUAUUAACAUUUAGAUAACAAUGGUACUACAGCGGUAUGCACUUAUGUAUAGGAGUAAAUGGGUGUUUAAAGGAUUAUAAUUCUGGCAUUGUUUACUCAUGUCAUUGUUUUUGUGGAACACAAGAAGAAUCUUAAUGUGGCUCUUUCCAUACACCAAUACUAUGUCUGUCAAGCUCUAAAAGUGACAAAUAAAUACCUCCAAAAGAGCUACAUACUGUAUUCCAAGUCUUCUGAAAUCCUACGAAAGCUUUGUAUGAGAAAGAGGCCAAAUUUAAAGCUGUAAUCCACUGAUAAUAUUUCCCUUCAUUGAGCUGUUGGUUCUGGAUCAUUGUGUUAGUGAAAUGAACAGAAUUGUGAACAAAUCAACCAAUUUAUCAAAAAGAA